AUGGAUGUCGAUAAGUAUGCGUUGAGACUGAAAAAUUUGAAGCGGAAACGGGUGAGUUUGGCGGUGGAAAACCGUAAAGAAGUGAACCGAGAGGAUAGACUCAGUAAAAGGUCUCAAAAACCAGCAGUGUAUAGUUUGAAUGAAGACCAAAACACGGAAGAGGAUGACGGUGGCAGUGGUUCAGUAGGCGGGGAUUCAUUACCGGAUCGUGGUUGGGACAUCAGUAUGCAAGAUUAUGAGCGGUGGGAAGACCGGGAAAACAGGAAAAAAAGGACAGAUUCUGGCCAAUACAGAGACCUGGCAAAGGCUACAUACGAUAAACAAGUUCAAAAGAUUGCUCACCGGUUUGAGGACCACGGUGCCAGCAACAAGAUAAUGAAACAGAGGGCCCGCAAUUUCAACAGCAAAGGGAAAAUUGUGAUCGAGGACAAUCAACAACUGGUGAACGAAUUAGCACAAGAUUUGGAGAAAAAUGCCAGCCAGCGAUAUGCCAAGACGCGGAAAAAAUUGGAACGCCGAAAUGGGGGCGAGACCUUUUCGUCCACCGGGUUCGUGAAUGAGAAGAACAAACAAUUCAAUGAAAAACUCGAACGUCAAGCAAAGAGGCGAGAGCAACUUGAAGAGAAGCAAAUGCGUUAA